AUGCCGCCAUCCAAGGCCAAAGUCGCCUGCAAGUCUUGCAAUCAACGCCGUGUGCGCUGCGAUCGUACUGACGAGACACCUUGCUCCCGCUGUCGUGCUACCGGGCAAAAAUGCGAGCCCAUUGUGUCGAAACGUGGAAAACACAAGCGAGGGCCCGUCAGGCGCUCGGGAUUUCGGCACUCAUUUGGCCCAGCACCCAACACGCCGGAGACCAGCACUGAAGUGACUUCGUUACGAACGCCAGCGACUCUCCGAGAUGAAGGCAGCGCAGGAGGAUCUCCAGCCCCACUUUGCCCAUCUUCAGAGCCUCAAUCACAUACUACUGAGGCCCAGAGGAGUCGGACAACGUAUUAUGGCGACUACUUCAACCUGGAGUACACGCGCAACCAGCUCGACGACCAGCAUGAAGACUACAACCCCCGCAUGAGCAGUACUCGCCUUCCGCAUGUCGACCGACUCGGAUCACCAACCAGGCGGCUUGUCGACAACUAUGCCCAUAGAGAGCGCGCGCGCCUCGAUGAAAUUGGUGCUUUUGACGUCCUAGAUGGCAAAGCCAGCGAUAAGCUGGUCCGCACUUUCUUUGAAUUGGUAUAUCCGGUUGCUCCUAUCAUUGACCGGAUGGACUUCUACGUAAAGUUCCAGAACGGACAAAUUUCCCCGCUUCUCCUGCAAGCCAUCUACCUGGUGGCGUUCCUCCAUUGCGAGCCCUCGGCGAUCACGGACGCCGGGUUUGACAAUAGAUACAUGGCGACAUUUACCACAUACCAACGGGCAAAGGCGAUUUACGAUGCCGGGUACGAGUCGGACGCCAUCGCGGUUAUCCAGGCGCUUUACUGUUUGUCGUUUUGGUGGGAAGCCCCCACGCAACAAAAGGACAUGUGGUACUGGUCUGGGGUCAGCGUUGAUCUUGCGCAGUCCUUGGGAAUGCAUCAAGAGUAUGAUAGUCCCACUCCGCUCGAAGUCCUUGCCCGGACUAAAAGAAAUCCAGGAAAACCUACUCCUUGCUGGCCGGGCCGAAGAGGAGGCUGUGGAGGCGCUUGUGGUGGACCAUAUACCCACGACGUUUCAACCGCAGUACAAUUGGAACGCAUUCCCCAUGUCAACGAUGCCUAUUGCACAGCAAGACCUAUAACUGAACAGGAUUUUGAAAACGAUGAGCUGCCGGAUGGUUUUAGCUCAAGUGAAUAUGCGGCGAAGGAACACCGAUUGCAUACAAUCUACCUGGCGGAUCUAUGCAUACGGGUAAGUCGCUGCCAUCGACUAUUUCAUACCGAUCAACCAGAUUCAUCAGUGGCUUUCACGGACAUUGAGACUUUGGUAUCAUGGAGGGCUUCGUUGCCAGAUGAGCUGAAAUGCCGAAACUCCGCCUUUACUCUCCAGAAUGGCUUCUUGGCCACUGUCCUCAACUUGACAUACUGGUCCUUUGAGAUAUUACUACGCCGUAACCACUUCCAGAACCCUCGGGUAAUGGCAGCGGCGACCCCAGUCUUUGCGGCAGCAGCCGAGAUUGUCAGAAUUCUGGAGGAUAUUAUGUCGUCGGAGCUGCUGACUGCAUGUCCCUUGCGGGUGCUACCUCCAAUAUUUUGUGCCCUGUCCGUGCUUAUUGCGAAUAUGUGCAGACCCGAGUCCGAAGUAUACGAGAUCUCGCGGCACAGGGCACGACUGUGCAUGCUUGUCCUGAGUAGGCUCGUCGAUUACUGGCACCCUGGUCUUUUGUAUUAUCGGCUAUUUGCUCGGAUUCUGGCAGCUAGGGGCUGUGAAGUUCCUCCUGACCCUCCCGCUCCGUACAGUGCCCUUGGUCAACAUGAGAGAGGGAAUGAAGCACCUACGGCGGAGAUUGAGUCGAACCACAUGCCCGCGUCAAGCGAAAUCACCAUGGGCGACGUCGUGCCAGGUGAAGCUGAACUCAUCGGCAUGAAUUCACUCUUUCCUUUCUCGGCCUUCUUGAACGAUGAGUUUCUGGACACCGAUCUAUGUCUACCACAUUCAGACAAUGAGUGUGCCCCUAGUUUAUGA